CUUCUCCCCUAUAAAACGUGUGGCGUUUAACACUCGUGACGUCACUGCCAUUUUACUAAUUAACCAAAGACACCAAAACAAGUCCCCUAUAGGGACACGUCGCACCAAAAUCACCUAAUCUUCUUUCUCGAUUUUAACUCUCGCCUACCGAGCCCCCCUAAACCGUCCCUGAAAUCAAGCGCGCCGCCAAUAUCACAGCCAUUUCCCGUCUCCCUCCAUUCAUUAAUGAUUCCUGUAGGGGGCUGCACACGUCACCAUCAGCCGGUGUUGACAGAAGCCCUAAGGCUGCUGUCACUGACACGGCAGCAGCAACAGCAGCAGCAGCCGCUGUUGCUGUUACUAUUUCAGCACUCAUCAUAACCACCACCCUAUCAACCACCAUCAUCAUCACCACCACUACCACCACCACCAUCGUCACCACCACAUUUACCUCCAUUACCAACCAUCACCACCAUCACCCACGUCCAUUACCAUAGGCAGCAUGUGGGCCAAGCUGCUGUUCCUGCUGCUCUACGUGUGCGUGCUGUUCCUGCUGGCGCGAUUCUUCGAGGCGGUGUCGUGGUGCGAGACCGGCAUCUUCGCCUCGCGUCUCGUCGACCCGGUGGCGCUCAGCCUCAGGAAGCUGCGCGGCCUCCUCGAGUCGCGCGGGCUCAGCCACGCGGGGCUCCUCGAGAAGAGGGGCCUCGCCCGCCUCGUACAGAACUCCGGCGAUGUGAGCGAGGGAGAGCUCUAUUCCACGCUGGCCGAGGGGGAGGCAGACGUGGACAACGCCAGCAGCAGCAGCAGCAGCGCGGACUUCACCAGCGAGAUGCACUUCUACGAGCAGGUGGAGGACACCAAGGAUGGCGUGUGGCUCGUGCAGAUCUCAUGCAAGAAGAAACACUUCAUGCUGGAGCCGAAGGAGUGGAAGGAGGUGGUCAAAAAAGUAUCCCGCUUCGGCAUACGAACAGGGACCUUCCACUGCUCCCUGGAUCCCAGGUUCUGCAUGAAGCGGGGAUGGCUUGGACCAAGUCUCAUUAUGGCCGUGCCUCUGACGAACACCUCCAAGGGAAAGGUGGUCCUCAAAGAGUUCCACGGGAGGGUGAAGGGACUGCAGCACAUCCUGGAGUGGGUGCACGCGAGCGUGGCGGCUCGCAUCGCCGCCGUGCGCAAGCCGGCGGAAUUCUGGGACGAGUGGCGCAGGCCGGGCAUGAGCGACGACGACGCCAAGGCAGGAAGGGGCGGCGGUGACGGCGGCAGCAGCGGCGGCAGUGGCGGCGGCAGAGGGAGCAACAAAGUGGGCGCCGGCAACAGCCGCGUCAAGGUCUUCCUGUUCGCCAACCUCGACCGGCCGCCCAUGUUCCUGUCGGCCGUCAGCGUCAAGUUCACGGGGCGUGUGCGCUUCAUCUUCGUCGACAUGCGCAGCUGGCGCAAGGAGGACUAUGAGCGGCGCGGGGAACUGAACUUGCGCAAGCUGCCCGCGUACAUCAUCCAGACGCCCGAGGGCACGUACGAGUACGGCACACUGCGAGGCGAGCACUUCUCGCACCGCGCCCUCGACAUCUUCCUGCGCUUCUUGCAGCCCGAGGUAAACGACUUGUUCGUGCUCAGCCUGGUGCUGGUGAAUGCCGCCGCAUGGAUGGACCUCUUCAUCACACAGGGUGCCACCAUCAAGCGCUUCGUCGUGCUCAUCAGCACCCUGGGCACCUACAACACGCUACUCAUCCUGUCCUGGCUGCCCAUCGUCGGCCUCCUGCAGCUGCCCCACCUGGACACGUUUUACGAGUACAGCCUGAAGUUUCUGCGCUUCACCAACACGACAAAGAUAGCGUCGUGGGUGCGCACGGACUGGAUGUUCUACUCGUCCCACCCCGCGAUAUUGCUGGGCACGUACCUGGCGCACGGCCUGAUCGUCGACCUCAUCGAGAAGAAACGCAAGCUGUCCGACGAGGACGACGAGAUCCUGAUGGAAAACAAUCUGGACUGGCUGUCGAGUCUCUGGGAAUAUUAUUCUAAUUAUUUGUUCCGCCCCAUAGGCUCCUUCCCCAGCUACCCCACCAGUUUUUACGACGGCGACUUGGAGGACGGCAUCGACAUUUUGCUGGAGAGACUCGCCGUGCCGGACCUUUGGCUGCGACCGUCAAUUUCGACCGAUUAUAUAAAGUAUCUGCCGACGUGGGAAUUUAAGUGCACCGAACGGAUUAAAACGCCGGCCCGUGCUGCCGCUUGUACACGCGCGCCCGGAACGGGCGCGGACGAGGGGUGCCGCCGCUGCUCUGCCUUGCGCGCAGACGACGACGGCGCCGCCACCGACGAACAUUCACGCGAAAGCGGAGCAAGCCGCGUCCCCCCCCACGGUGCCUGCCCUUCGUGUAAAUCCGCCGGGGCACGCGACGGAUGUGACGGCGACGCCGCGCGUAUCUCCCCUGUCUGUAGUAGAAACCCCGGACCGUGCGAGAGCGAAUUUGGCCGCUGCGUUUGCGGACGAGCAGGAGGCGGUGAGCGCGGCGGGGCUGUCUCCGGCGGUUGGACUGAGUCGACGGGUCGCGAGGAGGCUGGAGCGCCGUCUGGGCAGCCCGACACAGACCCUCACGUUGUGGCCGACAGCAGCGCCUCCGACUCGGAGGUCGAGCGGGAGGUGGAGGCCGACUGGUCGUGCUGGCCGCGGGGCUCGGUGCGCGGCUCCGAGUGCGUGGUGUGUCUCGAGGCCUACUCGCUGGGCUGCCUGCUCACGUGCCUGCCCUGCGGCCACGCCUUCCACGCUCGCUGCAUUGCCGUCUGGCUCGAAGGCGGCCGCCACUGCUGCCCCGUGUGCCGCUGGCUCGCGUUCCGCGCGCGACCCCAGCAGGCCGCCCCCCCGGCUCCACCCGGCUCCACCCAGCACGCCGAUUAAAGGGGAAACGUCACUCGUAAAAUCCACCCAUCCAUCUGCCCCCUACCCACCCACCCACCCCCGCUGCCCCUCAAAGCGGGUGCACUUAGUGCACUACAUGAAAGGUUGAAUGAAAUUCCUCUUUUCCACGGUACAACCGAGCCAUGCAGGGCCCACGCCAAUGCAGCCCAGUGCAGCUCAGGGAGGCGCCAGGUUGCUUUUCCACUGCAGAAGCCGGUGCCAUGCUGCUAAAGUCGCACGCGAUGAACGAGUUGGAGAGGCAUGCAGAUGACGCUGCCUUCCGUCUAUUGAGUGAUGUCACGCUUACGGGCUCCUCGCGGUACGGGUGGUUUUCCACUGGCUUGUUAUUCGUGCUGAACGAGAACCAGGCCAUGAUGCCGCUGGCCUCACAAGAAAUCUGAAUCCAGCUCGGGGCCAAGCAGGGCCAGAGGCAUUGCUAACCAACGCAUU